AUGGCCAAAGACCUGCAUCCAGGCGGAGGGCGUGACACGCCUUCUUCGCCGACGCCCUCUGAGGAGCAUCGAGAGAACUGGGGAAGCUCCGCCGCAGGCCUGCGUUCGUCCCCGUCUGGUGAGGCGCCGCUUUGUGGUGCCGGGCCUUGCCCCGCCGGGUGCGAAGCCAAGCCUGGAGCGCCUCUUCUCACGUUGGAGCGCCAAGCCAUCCGCUUCCUGCUGCUCGACUUGAAGAACAAGUGCCUUGCGAACCUCGCGCCGUUGCUGCUUCCCGCGGUCGUGCAGAGACACGUGACGCACCUGGGCAACCACAUUCGGCGCGUGGAGGACGCCGUCAGCUGCGAGGGGCUGGAGUCCUUUCUCCUCAUCUUCGCGGACUGCGUCAAAACCAUGAGUCUCCCUAGUCAACUCAGCAUGGCGGAGCAAGCUCACAUGAUGGGCCUUGUCGCUUCCCUCGGCGAACAGCUUGACGCCCAGGGGCUCUAA